CAAGGCCCCGAGGUUGGUCCUCGGGGUAGACACUUCGAUGCCUAAGUCAACAAUAAUCAGAGCUACCAGUUAUGGAGCAAGAGUAAGAGCUAAGUUUGAGGUCGGUUUCAAGUACCUUUCUGAGGUGCUUCUCAUGAGGGAUUUGUGUGCGUACAGAGCUACUAUGGAGCAGGACCAGAAGGGACAAGCUCGAAUUUGGCCGAGCUUGUCGCCCUUCAAUCAAGUCAAGGUAGCUAGAUGCUGGGAGCUGUUUCGGCCGUCUGAGGUUGUGUACCUUGGACAGCUGGGUGGAUAUGAUGGCAUAGGGUUAAGGUGUAUGGUUGCAGCCGAAGUGAAAGGUAGCAUGACUGGUGGUUGUGGGAUAUGUUCGAGCUCAAGCUCUGGUGGGGGAAGUGGGGGUAGGACCUCUGUUAGUGGGGGCAAUAGGGGUCAGGGAGAUAGCAUUGUCCCAACUAACAUUUUAAAGGUCGAUGGUAGCCGGGCGAAGUGUUAUGACGAGGGGGAUGAGAUAGUGGGGGAGGUGAUAGGGCCAGCAAGAAGUGAGGAGCGGGCGUGUUCGGCUCCAAAAGACCAUUGGAUGCCGCUAUAUGCGCACUACCUAGCAACUGGGCUCUGGUUUCCCAUUCCGGAGUUGCUGGUAGCGCUGCUGAAAGAGUAUGGGUUCGGGUUGACGCAGCUCGUCCCAAACGGAGUUCGGUUGGUGGGGGUUAGUCGGAAGGAGAAGGGGUGGUUUUAUUUCACACCCCGAGUAGCUGGAGGUAGGAGUAGGAAUCUGUUUAUGGCAGGUCCUUCCUCCGUUAAGGGGUGGAAAGAAAAGUUUUUCUUUGUUGAUGAUAUGGAGUGGGGAAGGGGGGAUGGGAAAGUAGAGGAGCUCAGUAGGUGGAAGGGGAAGAGGAGGAAUCCAAAUCAGUACCGGCUGGGGGAGGUGGAGAAGGACGAAGUGGAGAGAUUGGAGAGGGGUGGGGGAAAGCUGACGAACAUAAUGUGCCUCACCAGUCCAGAGGUGGUGGAGUCGUCUGGAAUCUAUGGGAGGAGCUCGUUGAACGGAGAAGAAAUGAAUCACUUAAGAGCUGGGGGCAAGGUUAUACGACUUCCAGAGAAGAGGUCAAAGGCAUCAGCUUCGGGUGCUCAAGAAGAGCGAGUUGGGGGUGGGAUUUCAAGACCUCACCCCGGUGGUGGACCUCGAGCUGAGGUGGGGCCCAGCUCUAAGCCAAUGAGGGGUCCAACGGAGGAGGUCACCGCCUGGAAGAGGCCAAGGGUGAAGGAGGUGCAACCUCUGCAGAUCGAGGCCCCUAUUGAGUUCAUACCUCGGCCUCCCCCCAACUUCUACGAAUCUUGGAGGACGGCUGCUAAACUCUUCAUCGGCUCCCACUUCCCCGAGGUAGAUCUGCAGAGGGCCAGGGAUGAGGUGGCCACGAAUGGGGGAUCAAGGGUAGUUCGGCAGGCCCUGGAGAGGAAGCAGUGCGAGGAGGAACUUGCAAGAAGGGAUAGCAAGCUGGCCGAGGUGAAGAAGUCAGCCGAGUUGGCAGUCCACAACUCUGUGGAGCAGCACGUUUUAUACUUCGUCAAGUCUCCCAUGUUUGCCGAGGUGGUGGACCUCUAUCGUUUACCGACUCUGGUGAUGGCCUUCACUGAUUGUCGCAAGAAGGUGAAGUUGCAGAAUUUGGAGGUGGACGUGACAAACAUCACGUUUGGCCCUAAGGAGGCAGGGGUAAAGGAGAAUGGGGAUAGCAAGACAGUAGAGUUUCGUCCUGAGGUUAAAUUGACUUGGGAACGAGACGAGGCUGGAAAAACUAUCCUUCCUCCUACGUUGGACUUCGAGUUCAUCAUUGUUGACAAGGAGGAGGCCGAGGUGGCACCAAGAACGAAGGUGGCUGACAACGUGCGAGAUGAAGAAGUGGACCAAUAGCUCCAGAUCAUCGAUUGAGCUUGGCCAGCUCACCCUUUUGUAUUUUUGUGAUUUUUAGUGUAUUUGAAGAACAAUUUGUAUUUUAGUUUAGAUUAAUGAAGUAGAAUUUUAAAA